UCGGAGACCACGUGUAUUUAGGCGUUUGGAUACGUUUUAUUGGCUCAGCCUCUAUGGCGGACGAAACAGAGGCUGUAUCUUUAUUAUGACGAACAUUUUUAGCUGUAGUUGGCCGAGGUGCUGUUGAUGUAGAUACUGCUUCCUCAAAAGGACAAUGUAUCGACCACGAAAGCGCAGAGGAGCAUUAAGUGCUGAUCGUUACAUAACUGCUUUCUAUGGAAGGGGGCGCUAUGAGUGUCACGUUUGCAGAAUUGCAUGUACCUCCAGGAAGCAGCUAGAACAACACGUACAGGGAAUAAAACAUCAGAGAAAUAUUUGUGAUCCUUCUCAUAAAGGUGAUGAGAACACUUUUCCUCUGGAGCAUAUGGUUGUAUUAGAUCAGACUGAAGAAGACUUCCCGAAUGAUAACCCUGCUUCACCUGCUUCUUGUGACUCUUCAGACAUGGAGACUGCUGCAUCUGCUUCAGACACCAUUGCCACAAGCCAUAUGGUUAUCUUAGAUGAAACAAAUGACGACUAUGAUCAUCCAGCUUCCCCGGCAUCUUGUGACUCAUCUGCUUCAGAGUCUGCCCCAUCAAGUCCAGCUACCAUAAAAACGUCACAUCUAACCCCGAAGAAGAAAACUAGAACAGAAAAGCCCGAGGAUGAUCAGACUGCACCACCAAUGUCUCCAGUAUCCAGCGGCUCCUCUUCAAACUCUGCCCCAGAGGCGGAAUCUGUUCACAUCACAUCUAAGGAAUCCACCAGCAAGAAACAUCAUUCAAAGAGUGGCAAGACCAGGCAUAAAGAAUCAAGAAAGACUUUUCAUAUAAAGCCAGUAAAAAGCAAUGAAGACGUGUUCAAACUUCUGAAAACCUUUGCAGUUGCAAAUGAGUCUGAUGUAGCAUUUGCGGAAAAGGUUAAAGAAUUGUUCUCCGUUGCACUAACGAAAUACAAAGAGCUAAAACUCGAAGAAAUAUUCUGCACAGAAGCGGAGCACAGUUCACCUGAGGAACUUGUGGGGUCUUCUGAUAAUCACAAUGAUCAUGAGCAAACAAAUUCUUUUCUGCCCCAAGCAACAAAUACGAUUGAAUAUGAAAGAAUAAAUUCAGCAGCAGGUUCUCCAGUUCAUUCAUUACCAGUGCAAUGCAUCUCCAGUCCCACAUCUCCUGCAGACUGCCAGCCAAACUCGCCUAUCAGAAAUCAGCCAAACAAUCCAGACACCUCAUCCAUUGCUUCAAGAUCACCAACAAACAUAUGUGAGGACGGUGACCCCUCAAACAAGCUAUCCGCAACCAACCCAGCAAAUGACAACCCAUGUGCUGGAACUGAAGUAGACCUGUCGAUGGAAAGUGACGAUUGCGUUGCUGCUGAAGCAGCUUGCAGUGAUGAUGAAGAUGUAUAGAAACUGUACAUGUGUAUUAAGCCAGUAAUAAAUGUUAAAAACCCCUGUCAGGCCCCAAACACAUUUUGUAGUUAGGGUUUUGCCCCACUACACUUUUUUUUACUUUUUAUGGUGUUUUUUUUGGCUUUUAAAAAACCACCAUUUUGUUCAUGUGUUUUUAUACAAGCAUUUUUUGGAGUGGCAUUGUUUAAUCAUGUUUUUUGGGGGGGGUUUUAUACUUUUUUCCCCAUUGAGAAGUUUAUGUGAAAAUGGCCACACCUCAGAGCAUGCUGUGAUUUGAAAAAUAAAAUAAAAAAUUCCCUCCAAACACACACUGAAAUCAAAUAAGGAUUUGGUACCGCUUAUUUUUUCUGCAGAGGGCUGUAAUCGGCAUUGGAUUCUACCAGAGGCUGGCUGAAAAGUGGUUGCCACGGGUUUUUGGUAAAGGUUUCUGCUUUGUGUGGUGGAAUCUGGUCAUGUUUUUUGGAGCUAGAUCUAAUCUCCUGUGAACACAGCGUUCUGUAAAAUUUCUGUUCUGCAAAAGAACCCUUGCCCUAUAGUGAUACUAAAAAUAGGCUUCUCUUUUAAAGAAUGCCCCUCUUUAACCACACAUUUUAUAAAUUCUUCCUGUUUUCUAAGCAAGCUUCUGUCUGUAACCAUUGUUUUAGCGUUUUCAUUUUUCUCCGUUUAGACAUGCACAUACUGCUAUAGACUUCUUUUUUUUUUUCUGUGAAUAAAUAACUGAUUCCUCAAA